GCCAUGACUACAGUAGUGGUACAUGUGGACUCCAAAGCUGAGCUCACUACCCUGCUGGAGCAGUGGGAAAAAGAACAUGGCAGUGGGCAGGACAUGGUCCCUAUCCUAACCAGGAUGUCGGAAUUGAUUGAAAAAGAAACUGAGGAAUAUCGUAAGGGAGAUCCAGACCCAUUUGAUGAUCGACAUCCUGGUCGAGCUGAUCCAGAGUGUAUGCUGGGCCACUUGCUACGAAUACUCUUCAAGAAUGAUGAUUUCAUGAAUGCAUUGGUGAAUGCGUAUGUGAUGACAAGCCGAGAGCCCCCUUUAAACACUGCAGCUUGUAGACUCCUACUGGACAUCAUGCCAGGGCUGGAAACUGCUGUUGUCUUUCAAGAAAAGGAAGGAAUAGUUGAAAAUCUUUUCAAAUGGGCACGAGAGGCUGAUCAGCCAUUGAGGACAUACUCUACUGGUCUGUUAGGAGGUGCUAUGGAAAAUCAAGACAUUGCUGCCAAUUACAGAGAUGAAAAUUCACAGCUGGUGGCAAUAGUACUUCGAAGACUUAGGGAGCUGCAGCUUCAGGAAGUGGCUUUGCGGCAAGAAAACAAGCGUCCCAGCCCACGAAAGCUAUCAUCUGAACCCCUUUUGCCUCUGGAUGAGGAAGCUGUGGAUAUGGACUACGGAGACAUGGCAGUAGAUUUAGUAGAUGGUGAACACGAGGAAGCCUCUGGGGACAUGGAAAUCUCUUUUCAUCUUGAUUCAAGCCACAAGACCAGUAGCAGAGUAAACUCAGCAACCAAACCUGAGGAAGGUUUGAGGAAAAACAAGUCAGCAAAACAGGGAGACAGAGAUAGUUUUAGAAAAGCCAAGCAGAAGUUGGGUUUCUCUUCUUCUGAUCCAGAUCGCAUGUUUGUUGAGUUGUCUAAUAGCAGCUGGUCAGAAAUGUCGCCCUGGGUAAUUGGCACCAAUUACACUCUGUACCCCAUGACUCCUGCUAUUGAGCAGCGACUUAUUCUCCAAUAUUUGACCCCUCUAGGAGAAUACCAGGAGUUGCUUCCCAUUUUCAUGCAACUUGGAUCACGAGAGUUGAUGAUGUUCUAUAUUGAUCUGAAACAGACUAAUGAUGUCCUCCUUACAUUUGAGGCACUAAAGCAUCUAGCAUCUCUACUGCUCCAUAACAAGUUUGCCACAGAAUUUGUUGCUCAUGGUGGAGUACAGAAGUUACUGGAAAUUCCUCGUCCUUCUAUGGCUGCAACUGGUGUAUCCAUGUGCUUGUAUUACCUGUCCUAUAACCAAGAUGCCAUGGAAAGAGUUUGCAUGCAUCCCCACAACGUUUUGUCUGACGUGGUGAACUAUACCCUGUGGUUAAUGGAGUGCUCUCAUGCCUCAGGAUGCUGCCAUGCUACCAUGUUUUUCUCAAUUUGCUUCUCUUUUCGGGCUGUCUUGGAGCUCUUUGACCGCUAUGAUGGUCUUCGUCGUCUGGUGAACUUGAUCAGUACUUUGGAGAUUUUAAAUUUAGAAGAUCAGGGUGCCCUUCUGAGUGAUGAUGAAAUAUUUGCCAGCCGUCAGACCGGGAAACAUACUUGCAUGGCCUUACGAAAAUACUUUGAGGCUCACCUGGCUAUUAAAUUGGAGCAAGUGAAGCAGUCACUUCAGAGGACUGAAGGUGGUAUUCUUGUCCAUCCACAACCCCCCUAUAAGGCAUGUUCAUAUACUCAUGAGCAAAUUGUGGAAAUGAUGGAGUUUUUGAUAGAAUAUGGCCCAGCACAACUCUAUUGGGAACCAGCUGAAGUCUUUCUCAAACUUUCUUGUGUGCAACUCUUGUUGCAGCUAAUUUCUAUUGCCUGCAAUUGGAAGACCUAUUAUGCAAGGAAUGACACUGUGCGGUUUGCUUUGGAUGUCCUGGCUAUUCUCACGGUAGUUCCAAAAAUCCAGCUCCAGUUGGCAGAAUCCGUGGAUGUGCUGGAUGAGGCAGGCUCCACGGUCUCCACUGUUGGUAUCAGCAUUAUUCUGGGAGUAGCUGAGGGUGAAUUUUUUAUCCAUGAUGCUGAAAUUCAGAAGUCAGCUCUUCAGAUUAUCAUCAAUUGUGUAUGUGGCCCAGAUAACCGAAUCUCUAGUAUUGGCAAGUUUAUCUCUGGAACUCCUCGACGAAAGAUGCCUCAGACCCCUAAGAGCAGCGAACACACAUUGGCGAAGAUGUGGAAUGUGGUCCAGUCAAACAAUGGCAUCAAGGUGCUCCUCUCCUUACUGUCCAUCAAGAUGCCCAUCACAGAUGCAGACCAGAUCCGGGCCCUGGCCUGUAAGGCCUUGGUAGGACUGUCUCGCAGUAGCACUGUUCGGCAGAUCAUCAGCAAACUGCCUCUUUUCAGCAGCUGCCAGAUCCAGCAGCUGAUGAAGGAGCCUGUGCUGCAGGACAAGCGCAGUGACCAUGUCAAGUUCUGCAAGUAUGCCGCUGAGCUCAUAGAACGAGUGUCAGGAAAGCCACUUCUUAUUGGCACUGAUGUGUCCCUGGCACGACUGCAGAAAGCAGAUGUUGUUGCUCAGUCAAGGAUCUCCUUCCCUGAAAAGGAGCUUCUUCUGUUGAUACGAAACCAUCUUAUUUCCAAAGGGCUUGGAGAGACAGCAACUGUGCUGACGAAAGAGGCAGACCUGCCUAUGACUGCUGCCUCCCAUUCCUCUGCCUUCACCCCAGUCACUGCUGCUGCUUCUCCUGUCUCUCUUCCCCGAACUCCUCGCAUUGCCAAUGGCAUUGCAGCCCGACUGAGCAGCCACACCCCUGUGGCUCCCCCUGCCCCCACUGCUCCUGUUGUCCAUCCUCAGCCACGGCCUCCCCAGAGUUCACUAGCUCUACCUGGCCCAUCCUUUGCAGGCAAUUCUCCUCUGAUUGGCAGGAUCAGUUUUAUCAGAGAGAGGUCGUCACCCUGCAAUGGCAGGAAAAUCAGAGUGUUGCGGCAAAAGUCGGACCAUGGCGCCUACAGCCAAAGCCCAGCCAUAAAAAAGCAGUUGGACAGACACCUUCCUUCCCCACCCACACUGGAUAGUAUCAUCACAGAGUAUCUUAGAGAGCAGCAUGCCCGCUGCAAGAACCCAGUUGCCACCUGUCCACCUUUCUCUCUCUUUACUCCUCAUCAGUGUCCUGAGCCAAAACAGAGGCGGCAGGCACCAAUAAACUUUACCUCAAGGCUAAACCGCAGGGCAUCAUUUCCAAAGUAUGGAGGGGUGGAUGGCGGAUGCUUUGAUAGGCACCUUAUCUUUAGCAGGUUCCGUCCUAUUUCAGUAUUCCGGGAAGCCAAUGAGGAUGAGAGUGGGUUCACCUGCUGUGCAUUUUCAGCAAGGGAGCGAUUCCUGAUGCUUGGUACCUGCACGGGACAGCUGAAACUCUAUAAUGUGUUCAGUGGACAGGAGGAGGCCAGCUAUAACUGUCACAACUCAGCCAUCACACACCUUGAACCUUCCAGGGAUGGGUCCUUGCUGCUGACAUCUGCUACUUGGAGCCAGCCUCUGUCUGCACUUUGGGGAAUGAAAUCAGUAUUUGAUAUGAAGCAUUCCUUCACAGAAGAUCACUAUGUUGAGUUCAGUAAGCACUCUCAGGAUCGGGUCAUAGGCACAAAAGGAGACAUUGCCCAUAUUUAUGAUAUUCAGACUGGCAACAAGCUGUUGACUCUGUUUAACCCAGAUCUUGCCAACAACUACAAGAGGAACUGUGCCACCUUUAAUCCUACAGAUGAUCUUGUCUUAAAUGAUGGCGUCCUCUGGGAUGUCCGCUCUGCACAGGCCAUCCACAAGUUUGACAAGUUCAACAUGAACAUCAGUGGUGUUUUCCAUCCAAAUGGUCUGGAAGUCAUCAUUAAUACUGAGAUUUGGGACCUUCGUACUUUCCAUCUUUUACACACGGUCCCUGCUCUGGAUCAAUGCCGAGUAGUGUUCAACCACACGGGGACGGUGAUGUACGGAGCUAUGUUGCAGGCAGAUGAUGAAGAUGAUUUAAUGGAAGAGAGGAUGAAAAGCCCUUUUGGGUCAUCCUUCCGAACUUUUAAUGCAACUGACUAUAAACCUAUAGCCACCAUUGAUGUGAAACGAAACAUCUUUGACUUAUGCACAGACACCAAAGACUGCUAUCUUGCUGUCAUUGAGAACCAAGGCAGCAUGGAUGCCCUGGGGAACAUGGAUACGGUGUGUAGACUGUAUGAAGUGGGCAGGCAGCGUCUGGCGGAGGAUGAGGAUGAAGAGGAGGACCAGGAAGAGGAAGAGCAGGAGGAAGAAGAUGAUGAUGAAGAUGACGAUGACACUGAUGACCUAGAUGAGCUUGACACUGACCAGCUGCUGGAGGCAGAGUUGGAGGAGGAUGACAACAAUGAGAACGCAGGGGAGGAUGGGGACAAUGACUUCUCUCCCUCUGAUGAGGAAAUACAUUCUCCAUCAGGGUUGACCCAGUUAGCUAGCUUCCUCCUGGGGACAGUGCCAGCUUACCAGGCCCUGGCCCACCUUGUUUAUGUGUAG